AUGCUUAAAAAGUUCUAUAUAUGUGUGAUAUUUGUCAUGCAAAUAAUCAUGGCUGAAUGUCAACAAUUAUACGGUUAUACAAGUACAGACUGUACAGGGUCGCCAUCAGUCAAUAUCGAUAUAGGCACAGACAAUUGUUACACAGUUAAAAUAUCCAAUGAAGGUUCGUUUCGUUAUGAAAACGUGGCCGGGGGAGAUAUCAUGGCUCUAUGGGAUGACAAAGGUUGUGACAGUGCAAGAUCAGGAGUUAUUAUUUAUACGCAACCAGUAUGUAUAACUGUAAAUCGGCACCGCGUUUUGUCGUUUGCGAUAAUAAACACAACUUCUGUAUCGGAGAUUAUUGACCUAAGAGUCGCUGCAAUAAGUAAAAACACACAAAUAAUAGCUAACAACUGUCUGCUCAACAAAUACUAA